UAUCGUGAUUAACCACCAGUGCACCACACCAGCCAUGGCAGAGCAAGAACCUGAGAGCAGCCUGGUACACCAAGACAUAAAUGACUUUGUCAAUCAUUGUAAUCUGGAACACGAAGAUGCGCCAGCUAAUAUGCACAACAUUCUCGUACGCAUAAAAGAAAUCUACCAGGAGCAAUUAAAAGGCAUUGAAGAAACGACUGGAUGCACCAAAGAAGAAUGCACAGCGAAAAAGGUGCGUGUGCUCGAGUGCUACAUAUGUGAUUUAGAGGAGCAGAACUUUUCACUGGUUCAAGUCGUAGAUGAGCUGGAGAAAGAAGCCAGUGAGCGAGUCCAAGUUUUCGAAAAGAAACUACAGAAAACUGCUAAUUUGGUCAAGGAAUACGUCAUUUAUACUCAAAACAUUCAGACUGAUAACUGGCACUCAGGAGAAGAUGGUAAAAUCUUUAGGAACCCACUGAAGGCUAUUGACAUUGGUAAAGAGUUGAAUGUUGUUACGCAACACAUGACAUCGCAAGAGAGCAACUGCUGUGAUGAGCGGAUGCAGGACUGUAGCCGUGCGGGGGACAAUGACAUACUUCAGCUCAAGCUUCAGCACUCGCGGGACGAAAUCGCCGACCUGUGCACGGAACUGAAGAUGCGAGACAGACAGGUGUACGACCUACAGCUGACCUUGAACGAGGUCGUCCGAGAUGUCGGCCUCAAAGACAUUACGUUACAAACGUUAAGCAGGCAGCUCAGUGAUUCAGGAAAUCUAAAGGCGGAAAGACACAACGAUGAUAUACAGGAUACCAGACAAGUAAGCAGUCUACUUACACAGCUUCAUCACGGACUAGACGAGCUAGAGAACAGAGAGCCAGCGAAUACAAGUGAAUGCAUACAGUGUUUAUAUUGGCAGAGAAAAGUUGGUGUCAUGACAGACAUGCUUAAGACAACAAACCCUACUGUGAUGGUCCAGCAACUGGAGGAAAGACUGUCUGAGGCUCAAACAGACUGCGACAAUGCCAAGCACAACUCACAAUCAGCACAAUCUAGGACAAGUACAGAAUGAGUUGCGGUCAGCGACCUUGCAGCAGGUCGAGGCGACCUUGCUUGCCGCUAACCGGGCGCGGCAGCGGGAACACCAGUCUCUGCGGCUAGACAGCAAAGUCACAGAGCUGAAGGAUCGACUAAAAUUCAGGGAGAGCGAGGUGGUGAAGCUUGAAGAGCUAGGGGAGGCUCUCUGCAAGCAGCUGAGCGAUAGAACGUUCCAGCUGGACAGCGUGCGCGCGAACGCGCAGGAGCUUCGUAAGGAUCUGGUCGUUGCUCGCACCUCAAUCCACGAGUCUGAAGCCAAGGUCUCGCAGCAGAGAGCCGUUGCUAAGCAACUGAAGAUGGAGCUCGGGCGGACGCGGGACGAGCUCGGCCGCCAUUCGCCGAGCGCCGGGAACAACGCGCGAGAGAACGGCGUCGCGAUCUCGGAACACGGCGAGAACAACGAAGCUGUUUGGAUGGCGACAAUGCAAGAUCAGCAGGGCGAGAUGGAGAGGAAGUGUGCUAUUUGUCGGUCGAUAUUCCACUGGGCGAAAGAUUGUGAACAUCGUUCAGACGCUGAGAAAGUGAAAGUAACAGGAGACAGCACAGCCACAGGAAUAAGCAUGUGA